CACCUACACUACACCAGCGCUUUUGCGCGACAUUUUGAAAGAAGCGAAAUAAAUUGCAUUACGAUUGCAUUUGUUGAUUUACCCGAAAAUUGAAAUUGAAGCCACGACCUCGUCUUUCCGCGGACACCCUCACGCGCCAUAACAAAAACAAGACACCAAAGGCACAACAUCCGCAACUGCUCUACUCUUCCAUUAGCCUUCGCACUUUACUCCUUAUCUGCCGUCAUGUCUGCCCACUACUCAACAGAACCUAACCCAACUGCCUCCGCAACUCUCCACACAACCUUCGGCCCCCUCCACAUCUCCCUCUUCGCCUCCCAAACCCCGUACACCUCCCGCAACUUCCUCCAACACUGCACAGACAACUACUACGCUGGAACAAUCUUCCACCGUAUCGACCCGGAUUUCAUCAUCCAAGGCGGUGACCCCACAGGUACCGGCUCCGGCGGCACCUCCAUCUACGAGUACCCGGAAUUCGAAACGGAUCCUGACGCGCGUGACCCGAACGAGAAAAUCGUGCUUCGUGAUGAAUUGCACAGUCGGUUACGUUAUAAUCGGCGCGGACUGGUGGGGAUGGCGAAGAGCGAGGACGGGACGUAUGGGAGUCAGUUCUUCAUCACGCUGGGGAAUACGGAGAGGGAGUUGAAUGGGCAGUGUACGCUUUUUGGGAGGAUAGAGGGGGACUGUAUUUUUAAUGUGUUGAAGAUUGCGGAGGCGGAGAGGGUGGAGGGCACGGAGAGGCCGGUUUAUCCGGUUAAGGUUACUGGGUGUGAGGUUGGGGAGUUGGGGCCGUUUGCUGGGAAAGUGGUGAAGAGGCAGGUUACUGUUGCGCCUUCGAAAGAGGAGGGGAAGCCUGCGGCGAAAAAGAAGAAGAAGGGUGGUAAGGGGGGUAAGACGUUGUUAAGUUUUGGAGGUGAGGAGGGCGAUGAGGAACUCCCUGUACGGCCUGCGAAGCCGAAAUUCAAUCCGAAGCUUGUUACGGAUACAAGGCUUCCUGGGGCGGACGAGACAAGUCAGAGACCGGAGGCGCAGACAAGGAAACGGCCUCGUUCACCUUCACCUAAGCGUCCUGUGCCGGAAAAGAAACAGCCAGACCCAGCGACUCAAAUCCCGCUCCCUGAUCCAGAAUCACCAGACCGUUCACCAGCACCAGAGCCUCCGGCAAAGGCAUCCAAGCUCGACCGUACGAAAGUGGAGAUUGAGAAUCUCAAGGCUUCUAUGCGCCGGACAGCCACGACAGGGCCAGUCGAGGGUCCCAAGAAAUCCGCCCUGGAAGCCAUGAUCCCCGAGACCUCCAUCCGAGGCCGCAAGAGGCUACCACCCGGCGCUGUUGGAAGUGGCACAAAUGGCGUAGCAGGAUUCAGCAGCACAGCUGAAGACGAAACACUCAAAAUCUUUAACGCCUUUAAAGCCAAGCUUGAAAACGCAGACUCUACCACCAAACCACACAAGCGCGACAACAUCACCAAGACCCGCAAACCCGAACACGAGCCUGAAUCAACAGCUGAACCUGAAGACGAUGAAGCUCAACUCUGCGACCUCCAUUUCAUCGCAAACUGCCAAUCCUGCAAAUCCUGGGAUGACCCUUCAGCCACUAACGAGGAUGACGCCGAAGCCGACAAAGGCGAAGAAGGCUGGUUAUCGCACCAACUUCGCUUUGGCAAAGAUACGAUGGGCAAGGACGCGAAGUGGAAGCGCGAACAUCCUGAUGACGUGGACUCGCUUAUGGUUAUCGAUCCGCGGGAGCGCGAGAAGGAGAUCGUUGGAAGGAAGGGUGGAGGGAAGAAGGGGUUGGCGAGGGAUCGGGAGCGAGAGAGGAAGAAGGAGAAAGCUGGGGAUUUGGAGUGGGGGCGAGGGAGAUAGUAUCACUAAAGGGAGUACUUAUAGAUAGUCCUAUUUUGUAGCAAUAGAAAG